AUUUAAUUCGCUAGCGUCAACAGCGCAGGUGCGUCUAAUAAUUGUUUCACAAAAGUUUUUCAGCCAGCCAUUGUUAAAGUUUUUGUAUUGAAAAUUGGAAUUUUGGAAAAAACAACAUAUUUUAACUUGAAGUUCGAAUUUAUACUAUUAAGAUGGACCCCAAUCAAAAUGUUGACAGUAGUUUUGAAGAAAAGCAACAAGAAAACGAUAGAAUUGCAAGAGGAAAUCGUCGAGGAAGAACAAGAUUUUCUGAUGCCGAUAGCGGCUCAAAAGACCGUAGUCGAGAAAGACGGAAUUGUAGAAUAUAUGUCUCUAAUAUCCCAUAUGAUUAUCGUUGGCAAGAACUAAAGGAUUUAUUCCGAAGAAUGGUCGGUAAUGUUGAAUAUGUUGAAUUAUUCAAAGAUGAAAACAAUCAACCACGUGGAUGCGGAAUAAUUGAGUUCAAGGACCCAGAAAAUGUUCAAAAAUCUUUGCAAACCAUGGAUCGAUAUGAAAUUGGUGGAAGGGAGAUAGUGGUCAAAGAAGAUCAUGGAGAAAAACGAGAUCAAUACGGUAGAAUUGUUAAGGAUGGGCAUCGUGGUUCAGGCGGAGGCGGUGGUGGUGGUGACAUGAGAGAACAUAGAGAUAAAGAAAGAUCUGGUCGUAACAUGGGUUUUGACAACGGGUCAAAUGAUUAUGACAAUUCGCCAUAUGACACCUACGGUUUAUCGAAAUCUUUUCUGGAUAAUCUUGGAAUAAAUGGACCUUUACAUUAUAAAAUUUUUGUUGCCAAUCUGGAUUAUAAGGUAGAUAAAAAGAAACUGAAAGAAGUAUUUAAAUUGGCUGGCAGAGUUCAAAAUGUUGAAUUAGCUGUUGAUAAGGAUGGCAAUAGUCGUGGUUUUGCUGUAAUUGAAUACGACCAUCCAGUUGAAGCAGUGCAAGCUAUUUCCAUGUUUGAUCGACAAUUACUUUAUGAUCGGCGCAUUACAGUACGUUUGGACCGCAUUCCUGAUAAAGGAGAAAAUAUUAAAUUACCCGAAGGAUUACACGCUGUCGGUAUGGGCCUUGGGGCUAAUGGUGAACCAUUACGCAAUGUUGCUCGAAACUUGGCUAAUAUGAAUCAGCAAAAUAUGCAAAAACAAAAUAAUAUGCAACCACCAAAUUCAAUGGACAUGCCAAUGCCGAAUACUUCCUUAAAUCAAGCUGCAUCUAUAUUAUCAGCUGUUACAGGUCAAUCUAAUGCAAAUGUACUAGGUGGAUUAUCUGCUCCAAAUUUGUCGGCAUUGACUAAUGCUCUGGAUGGUGUUAAAAACUUGUCUGUUCUAUCAAAUCCAUUAUUGGCCUCAAGCUUAUCUAAUUUGGGUUUAUUAACUGCAAAUCAAAGCAAUCCUAUGCAAGAAAAUGCAAUUCCACCAGCCCCGGAAUCUUCAAUGCAAAAUAAUUACUCAACAAGCAGUUAUAGUACAUCUUCUGGUUUUAACACCAACAGUGCGCCGAAUUAUAAUACAGAUAAAACUGUACGUCCGGAACAGUCAUUUAAUAACAUGAUGGAUAAAAAUAAUUUCCCCAACUCAUAUGGAGCUACCACUAGCCAAAUUGGUGGAAGGAAAUCUGAUACAAUUGUUAUAAAAAAUAUUCCCUUAAGUUGCACCUGGCAGACAUUGCGCGAUAAAUUCCGUGAUAUAGGAGAAGUAAGAUUUGCUGAAAUUCGUGGAAAUAAUGUUGGAGUUGUCAGAUUUUUCAAAGAAAAUGACGCUGAGCUUGCUAUAAAAUUGAUGGACGGAUCACGAAUGGAAGGAAGAACAAUAAGUGUUUCAUACUUUUAAAGCUCAAAGUUCACAGUAAAAAUACUAUUUAUCGUCUUCAGUCAAAAUUAUAGAAAAAAACAAUUUUAUUUGUGUCAAAAAAGUUUUAAUCACUUAUAAUUGUUUAUUUUUAAACAUGAUAAUACAACCUUUUAUUCAUUGUAACAUUCGAUUUGAAUUUUAUGAUCAAAUUUAAUAAUUCCAUUAAGACCGAAACAUUUAUAGCUUAAGAAAUGAUGUAGUAGUAUAAGAACUUUUCACAAAAAUAAAUUAAUUUCAAUAUUGCAAUAUUGUACUAUUAGGAAAGGCUGAAUAAAGAGGAGAUGUAAUAUUAUAAAGGGCAUGUUGCCGUCUGAAAACUAAAAAAUUAAAAAUAUGUGAGUUUCGGUUUUUAUGUCAAAACAAUGUAUAAGUAAGAAUUUAAUAAAUAUAAAAUUCAAAUAACA